UAAAAUGUGAAUACAAAAUCGAUGAUGGAAUCGAUAAACCAGUGCCACUGUUGCCUGCAGCGACCUUCGGCGAAAGAUUUGAGAACACCGUACACUCGUCUCGGCAUAACGGAAAUAUAUUCGGUCAUGAUCGAAGAAUGCUUUGUAAUAAAACUGACAUCAGGCAACAAUGGUAAGAGUGGUAUCUGCGAAGUGUGCUUGGGGCGCCUGCGGGAGGCGUGCCUCUUCAAGAUGCAGGUGCAGAACUGCCAGGCCGAGCUGCAGGAGAGGUUAGAGGGAGGACUGAGUGUCAAUAUUGAAGUUUCAGACGAGGAAUGCUUGGAGCAGCUGCCUGAAAAUGGCGCGUGCAGUGAACCUUCUUUAUCUACAGACGAGGAGUCCCCGGUCCUGCCGUGUGAACAAGAGCCGCAAGGCGAACAUCCGUUACUGAAUUCAGCCGACGAGUACGGAGUUAGCAAAUCGGAUGUGUCCUUGCGCUGUAGGCAGCAGCUCGCGCUGGCGUGCUCCGUGAGGCUCGAGCGCCUCCCGUGCCCCAGUACCACCGCCGCCGGGGAACAAGCCCACACGGCCGAUACUCGCCCGACACAAGUCACACACAACUCUAGUUUAAUCACGCAUAAACAGGGUCAUGUCGAAUACCCACAAGAAACGAAUAAAAAUGCCUACUGUUGCGACAUGUGUAGUGAGCAAUUUGCGUCAAAACGUCCUUUAAUCCGACAUAUCAAAACGCAUACACUCCUGGAACCUUAUACCUGCGGAGUUUGUAAAGAAACAUUUGUAACUAGCUCAUUAUUGAAUAAGCAUUUAAGAUUUCACUUCGUAGAGAGACCGUACGUGUGUAGACAAUGCAAUAAGCGAUUUGCAACAAAAGACAUAUUAUAUCAACAUGAAAGAACCCACUCAGGAGUGAAACCAUACAGAUGUAAAGAAUGUAAUAAGCAAUUCGCACAACGAAGUGGUUUGAUGGUCCAUGCAAGAACACACAGUGGAGUGAAACCAUACAAAUGUACAAAAUGCAACACGAAAUUUGCACAUAAGUUUACAUUAGAUAGACAUAUAAGAAUUCACGAUACAGGGCAAUACGAGUAUAACUGUGAUCAAUGUAAUAAGAAAUUUCGACAUAUAGUGAAUUUACAAAAUCACCUGAAAAUUCACACUGGAAAAAUAUUUGUCUGUGACCAAUGUAACAAGCAAUUCAUAUUCAAACAUCACUUAGUUAGACAUAUAAAAAUGCAUGCCCCUGAAAAACGAGAAAAACUGUACGCGUGUCAAGAAUGUCCCAAGAAAUAUAUUCGUAAAGAUAGUUUAGAUGAACAUUAUAAGUUAAGGCAUGGACGGAAACCAUUUCGAUGUACAGUGUGCAACAAGCAAUUCGCUCUUAAAAAUUAUUUAUUAAGUCAUGAAAUUAUCCAUAGUGAAGACAAACCAUACAAAUGUAAAGAAUGUAACAAGGAAUUCACAUCAUGGUCUGCUUUAGAUUACCACGAAAAAGUCCAUAGUGGCGUGAAACCAUUUAAAUGUAAAGAGUGUAACAAGCAAUUCUUACUAAAACGCACUUUAUUUAACCAUGAAAGAAUUCACACUGCUGAAAAACCAUUUAGCUGUAGUGAAUGUGACCAGCGAUUUAGAUGGAAAACUAGUAUAGCUGUUCAUAUAAAAAAUAAACAUCGCAAUACAAAAGACAACAUACAAUUUACACAGAAAGAAAACUUUGUUGUUGAUGAACGACACGUCGAAGAACAACCAUUCAGAUGCAAUGAACCUAACCAGAAAUUAAGGCAAAAAAAUAAUUUACAGACACAAAGGAGUCACACUGGAGAAAAGCCGUACACCUGUGAAGAAUGUAACAACCAGUUUGCAUUAAAAUUUGAGUUAGAGAGACAUAAAAAAAUUCAUACCGAUGAGCAAUCAUACGAAUGCGAAAUAUGUGAAACAAUUUUUUUCGAUGAAAUAAGUUUAAUGAAACAUAUAGAAAAUCAUAAAUCCAGGGUACCUUAACCUUAUAAGUUUGUUUGGUGAAAGGGUUAUUAACUAUUACUCAGUUUAAUGUAGAUAUCUACCCGACAGUGACGCAGCUAUACAUUCGGAUUCUGUUAACUUCACCAUAUUGCUAGGUACAGGGUUCAGAUACGUAACAUCGUAAUUAUAGUAGUAAAUAAAAUAGCGUAUAAUGCAGUUCGUGUUGAAAGUGACUUUUUGGUAUACGAAAUGCACAAUAGAAAAAUUAAAUAGGUUUUUGAAUGUA